AUGGAUGCCGACAAAUACCUUAAGAAGGUUGGACUAGGGCGUGACGAUAUGUUCUUUUCGUGGUUGUACAACGAAACUUCUCCUUUAGGGUGGUGGACGUUGAAGCCGAGACAAAAGGAGGAGAGAGAAUUGGCUCAUUUGUACGAACGGCGUGAGUUUCCUUAUCCAGGCCAUACAGAUGCCAUGGAGGAUUUUGUUGCAAAGGGAGGAAUGGUCGGCACAAUGAUUGGUCCUAAAAGGAUUGUCGAAUCCGAAAGUGAAGCAGAUAAUUAUCGGAAAGAAAUAGAGAAGAAGAAGUUUGACAAAGAGGCUCAGAAACUGUGA